UAAAUAUAGAAGUAUUUUUAAUCGAGAUCGAAAUUGAAUUCCGAAGUGUUCCGAACGGUUGCUAUGGGCGCGCAAACAAUUUUCAAUGUAGCUCAAUAAUCAGAAAAUCGUACUUGGACGCUGGGUUUUUGCAAGAUUCAGUAUUAUGUAAAGCAAAGUAAUUGAGAAAAUGCAGGAUGACCACCGGUGCAUACACGGGAGAGGGCUUUGCAGUUACUUUCGACGCAAGUCAAUACCAAACAGAUUCGAGGAAAUUCGGAGGAAUAAUAAGCAAUCGCAUGUCCAUGUACAUUGAUAAUACGCCCCAAACUGCUGUCAUCAAAUUUACUCACAACAGCAGCAGCUUGUUAUUUAACGAGAAAAAACUUGAUGUAGAAAGACUCCAAAGUCGAGUCAACAAAGACGAAGCAGAUAACAAUUUAAUAAAUAACUUAGACUCGCAUUUCAGAUUAUUAACAGCAGAAUCUAAUGCACGACCCACAUCUAGCAAUGUAAGUGACAGGAUAGAUUUAGGAGCUACACAGCCCAUCAACAGUCGACUCACUACUCCACAAACUGACAACAAAGAAGAGGAUGUACAACUUACCGAACACAAUCAAAAAGUCAUCUCAAAGUCUUCCAGCAGAAAGGAAUUGAAAAAAAUUCCAAAAUUGCUGCAAAAAGUUACUAAAAAGAGGAAACAAGGGAAGAGGAAAAAGCGGGCAAAAUCCAGUAGAGGCUUACGGAGCAGGUCUACCCAGGGUAAAAAUGGCGGAGCCUGUAAGCAGAGCACUCCUGUAGCAACAAAAGUAAAACAUAGUGUGAUUCAGAAUGAUGCUCAGAAUAUGACCACAGGUGUAGCUGGGCUUGGUGUUCUUGAAUCAAUGUGUAAGCCAAUGGUUCUUCACAAGACUCUAGAACGAAAAAACUCAGAGAAGAAAGAUUUGACUAAAACAGUCAGCUCAACAAAUCGUCAGACAAUCCAACCCAGCACAAAACAAAUAUCACUUCCACAAAUGACCAACAACUUCAUGGUCAAAACUGAUACCACUUUGAGGACAUCAGUCUCCGAAUCUCUCCAAUCUGCCAAGUCUGUGUAUUCAUCUAGUCGAGUAAACCAUGCUGAGAUUGCCCGCAUUACAAAAAUUUAUCUGUCAGAGAAACAGUCAGGAGUAGUGAGGGAUUGUGGAAUGGAGGUUCCUUGUGCACCUCCUGCCACUCCUCUUCCUGACCCAUCCAAGAAGGUUGAAUAUAUACCAAGUAUGAAUGACAUAAGGGCACAAAGAGCAGUCAAAGUUAAACUGCAAGUUCUGGAGAAGGAAGCCCAAAAGAGGUCAGCCAAACGCAGGGAUGACCAAGCAAAGCAGGAGAAACAGCAGCAAAAAGAGCGAGAGAAGGAUCUUAAGGUCAAACAGAGGAUAGAGAUAUAUGCCCUCAACAAAAUUAUGACAGAACUUGAGAACAAGAGAUUUAAAGAAUUUUGUGAGAAGAAAGGAAUAAGUAUAACAUAACAUCAGUACAUAAGGUUUCAGUAAGAAGGUGCUUGUUUCCAGACGGUAGUUAAGGGAUUUACCCUGGGUAUACAGCAGUCAAACUGACGGAAGUCCAAAGGUGUUUCUGUGAAAUCUUUGUGGCAUGCCUAUCUAGUCCACAUGUGUCUUUGCGAAAUCUUUGUGACGUGCCUAUCUUGUCUCUUGUGCUUGGUUUCAUCAUUCUGUACUGCUUAUAGUCAUAGGAUGGCUAGUAGGAGGAAUUAACAAGAGGUUGUUUGCUAUACAAUGAACAGAAAUAUUAAGACAUGACAGAGAACUCUAGUCAACUUCGUCUCCCAGAGUCAGUCAAAUUGAGGCCAUAAUAUGGAGAAUACACUGUCAAUUUACCAGGGGGCUGAAGAAUUCACCCUAUAGAGUCAAAAAUAUGAUUAGUGUUUCUCCAUGCAAAUCUAUAACAAAUGUUCAGGGUAUGACUUUUACUUGCACUGCUCUAUUCUUGAAAUCAAUAAGGCAUUGUAAACUGAACCCUGAGGUCAAGAGUUAAGUUGCUCCAGUGGUUCAUGUUAAGUUUAUUCUAUCUGGAGUAAUUCUGCAUUUUUCUUUUUCAUACACAAAUUUCUUGUUGCUUUAGAACCUACAAAAUUUUCAUAUUUAAAUGGCAGAUCAGUGGUGCUUGUCAUUUUUUGCUCUGUUCAUUAAGUUAUGAGAGAGAUUAUAUUAAUACGAAAUUAUUACUGUAAUAAGAUUAUGUAAAUGCAUCAUUAGAGUUUCAUGUUCAGAAGUUAUGUAUGUACCUUUGUCUUUCAUUUUAUAAACAUGGACCUGUUUAAAUUUUAACAGCGUAUUUGUAGAUUUAUUUUUGUACAUUUUAUUCAAUUUUAACAUUUUCUCAUCAAGACGUAUAUGUAAUACUGAAUGUGAAUCUAGUA